UGUUUAGUUUUUUGCAAAUUCAACGUGCAUCCAUAGAUAUCGUAUCCAUUGAUUUUACUUUAGUUUUAUAUUCAUUAGCGGGAAAGAGAAAUGCUUUAGAACUGGAGAAUUGGAUUUUCUGAUUGUUUUCGAAUAAUUAUGUUCAUACAUUUUAUUGUCGGCUGGAGUAUGUUGCAUUUAAAGUGGGAAGUGACUAUUCAAUGUUUUGGUACAGAUUGUGAUCAUAUCGAGAAUUGAAUAAGUACGUGCAAAAUUCCUGCAAAUACAAGUAAGAGGAACCCUAUGGAUGUGUUGAGAAGGUGAAAUUAUCAAAUUACUGGCCAUCAAUUAACUAAGGGGAAAAAUGACUGUGGAGAGGCUUGGGAAAAUUGUGGUUGUGGGAAUACAAUUCGAUGGCCAUACUAAAGAGUUAAUGGAUUGGGCUGUUAUGAAAGUAGCUGAUCCUGGAGAUUGCGUGAUUGCCAUUCACGUUUGUAGGAGUUCUGACUCCGUCCCGAGAGAGAAUGCUUUGUUGGAUGAUUAUUUGGAAGACUAUAAAGGGAUGUGUAACCAAAGGCAGGUUGCUCUCAGUUCGGAGGUCUUGAAAGGAAAUUCUAUCAGAAAAGUUCUGGUGAGAGAAGCAAAGAACCAUUCUGCAUCGGUUGUUAUAGUGGGGAUAACUAAGUUUAGUUCUUUCGGGGGUUGGUCUUCAAUUGCUAAAUAUUGUUCAAGGCGACUUCCUUCGACGACUGAAGUCAUGGCAAUUCACAAUGAGAAGGUUGUGUUCAGGAGGAGUUCCAAAAAUCAACCUGAAGGUCCUCAAAAAGAUCCGAAGCCGAGUUUUUAUUUAACUGGAAUCCCCACUUUCAAAGAUACUCAAUCUGAAUUUGGUGUAUCUGAGAUAUCAGAGAUGGGAAGGCUAAGUUAUGAUGGGAUUCUGACCUCCAAAGAUGAAGUUUUUAGCCCUGUUGGAAGACACAAAAAAGGUUCUCUGAGUUCGAUUUCUCUUCCUGCAGAGGAUUUUACACAGCAGAGGCCGGGUUGGCCCCUGCUCCAAACAUCUAGUUCUAUAACUCAACCAAGUCUUGAAGCAAGAAAAAUGUCGGUUGUGAGAUGGGUAAUGAGCUUACCAAGUCGAUCUUCGCUAGAAGUUUCUGAAUUAAAGUCCAUUCUGGGUAACACGGGGGAUGUUUUGGGAGGAGAAUACAGAAACUGUACACCCUAUGGUACAGUAGACAAAAUAUCUAGUCUCAAAGGGCUGCCCCAAGAGUUGGAGCUGAUACUCGAAACGAAUCCACAUACCUGCAAAUGGUUCAUCUAUGAUGUGCUCAGAAUGUCAGCUUCUCAGUUCUCUACAGCCAAUCUUAUUGGACAAGGAGGGUGUAACUCUGUAUACAAGGGGCUUCUUCCUGAUGGCAAACGAGUGGCAAUUAAAAUUUUGAGGUCAACAAAGGAAGCAUGGAAGGAUUUUAUACUGGAAGUCGAUAUAAUGACCACAUUGAAGCACAAAAGAAUUGCUCAUUUGCUUGGGAUUUGUGUAGAACAUACUAAUUUAAUCUCUGUUUAUGACUUUUUGUCUAAAGGAAAUUUAGAAGAGAACUUGCACUGUAACAGAAAGGAAAAGUCUGUUUUGCAAUGGGAAGUAAGAUUCAAAGUAGCUGUUGGGAUUGCUGAAGCACUAAAUUACCUACACAAUGAAUGUCCAAGGCCUGUAAUCCAUAGAGAUGUCAAAUCCUCAAAUAUUCUUCUCACCGAUGAUUUAGAACCACAGUUGUGUGACUUUGGAUUGGCAAUAUGGGGCCCUACAUCAGCCUCUUUCCUGAGUGACAGAGAUGUAGUAGGAACCUUUGGCUAUCUUGCUCCUGAGUAUUUUAUGUAUGGGAAAGUCAGUGACAAGAUUGAUGUGUAUGCUUUCGGUGUAGUUCUACUAGAAUUGCUAUCGGGAAGAAAACCAAUUGGUUUGGAGACUCCAAAAGGUCAAGAAAGCUUAGUCAUGUGGGCAAAAACUAGACUAGAAACUGGAGAUCUAAAAAGCAUUUUGGAUCCAAAUUUGGAAGUUGAUAUUAAUGUGGAUCAAAUGCAAAGAAUGGCUCUAGCAGCUACCCUCUGUCUAAAACAAGCUGCCCGUCUUCGUCCCAAAAUUUCCCAGAUACUAGGUAUCCUAACCGGGGAAAAUUGUAUGAAUGAUGUAAAAACCAAAUACAGUGAUCACAAUGAUUCUGAAAGCCUGGAUGAUAUUGAUGAUGAAGUUUAUCCAGAUUCAAGUGCAGAAUCCCAUUUAAGCCUUGCAUUUCUUGAUGUGAAUGAUAAUUCUACAUCGUUCAGCAGUAUGGAGCAAAGCAGCCCUCUUUCUGUCGACGAAUAUUUGAAGAUAAGGUGGAGCAGGUCAUCAAGUUUAGAGUAGUUUCUGUGAAGUGUGUAAAUUGUAUAGUUGUGAAAAUGGGUAGCCUGCACCCAAUAAUGAGGUGAUGUGUGAAGGAAUUUUUUGGCUAGAGUCUUUGAAGAGUGGUGUGGACAUAAGCUAAUAAUAAUAACACGCGA